AAUAAUAAUCAUAUAAUAUGGAUGUAGAGGUUGUUGGAUGUAUAUUAUCCAAAUCAUUUCAUACAGCUAAAUUUAUAUUACUGAACUCAGUAAAACACCGGCCCGAUAUAAUAAAUAAAUAUAUUAUUAAAGGCGUUAUGGAUAUUGAAUGGGCAAGAUGUUUAUCAAAAUUAAAUCAAAGCUUCAGUGGUAGAAAGAAACAAGAUAUGGUAGCAAUAUUUGUCAAUAAAAAGUAUAUAGGAACUUACGUGGAGUUCCAAGAAUAUUUAAUCACUCAUUACGAUUUCACCAUUGACUUUUGUUUCUUGAAUUAUAAGCAACUUAUAGUGACUGAUGUUCAAAAUUAUUAUACAAAUGAGAAAAUGACGUUUGUGCGUAUAGUCUUAAACGUUAACAACUGGAAAAUUGGUCAUAUUGUUAUAGCGCUAUUAGAAAAGUUGGCUCCGAAAACUUGUGAAUAUUUUAAAAAAUUAUGCCUGGAUAAAUCCGAAGGAUAUUCUAACAGUACUAUUCACAGAAUAGAUACAAAUAAUGGUUUUAUUCAAGCUGGACGUAUUUUAAAUCAAAAGCAAUAUUUAAAAAAAGAAAAUUACUUAGUAAGCCAUGACAGAAGAGGAGUGCUGUCAUUAAGUAGUCGACAUACACAUUUUAAUGGUCCAAAUUUUAUCAUAAGUUUAAGAGCUAAUUCCUGGAUGAAUAAUAAAUAUGUAGCGUUUGGACACGUAGUUGAAGGCGAAAGAACUUUAAAACUGAUUGAAACAUUUUCUAAUUCACAUAGAAUAUUUGACCAAAAUAUACGUAUAAUUUCAUGUGACAUAUUUCCUAAUUAUACCGUUCCGAUAACUAAAACAAAAUUAGAGACAGCUUUACAUUCUAUUAUCCACAAAAGCGUUUUGAAAACGUUGUACAUAGAUACAUACGGUAAACUCGGACCACUACAAAUAUCUCUUAUCACAGAUUUUCAGUACAUGAAAUCAAUCGUAAGGACUAUAGUAAGUAAAGUUUUGUACAAAAUCAAGUACAUAAAUCAAGACACAAAAAAACAAGAAAAUGAUCCUGAAAACCUAAAACAUAGUGAUUCAUUAUCAAUUUCUAAAAUGCUAACUAGUUGGGAUGCAACAAAAAAUAAAUUUAUGGCAUCAAAGUUAAAACUAUAUUCUAAUGUAGAAUUAAACAAUGGUCUUAGUAAAACUACGAGUCCGAUUCUCAGAGCUGACCGAACAAUAAUACUAAAAUCAAAAAAUUCGGAUACCUAUAAAACGUCAAGCAAAGCUUAUGGUAUUCACUUACCAAUAAAUCACAAGGACUAUUGGAAGUAUAAACAAAUAUAUGAAAUGAAACCUCCAUUAGCACGAAUAGUGUCAAAAAUUCUAUUUGGAAUUGUGUCAUACAGCUUUUUUAUAACAUCAUGGGAAAUUAGUGUCCAAGCUUCUAAAAUUGAUUUUUUUAAACUCACAGACUGA